CACGGGAGGCUGGGCCGCAGCCGCAUUGGGCGGGGCGCCGUGCGGUGGUCACGUAGCUCAGAGGUUUCCCGGCGGUGUUUGCGCGCGAGUCGGUUGGUUCCUGUAUCCCUGUCUUCGCCGUCCCUCGCCGUCAUGCCGAUAUUCCUGGUGAACACCAACGUGCCCCGCGCCUCUGUGCCGGACGGGCUCCUCUCCGAUUUCACCCAGCAGCUGGCGCAGGCCACGGGCAAGCCGGCGCAGUACGUCGCGGUGCACGUGGUCCCGGACCAGCUCCUGGCUUUCAGCGGCUCCAGCGAGCCGUGCGCGCUCUGCAGCCUGCACAGCAUCGGCAAGAUGGACGGUGCGCAGAACCGCUCCGACAGCAAGCUGCAGUGACGCCUGCGCGUUAGC